AUGGCAUCCCAACGUGUGGCGAACUCAAUGCUCGUGCUGAGGAUCAUUGCUCUGGCGGCCUCGGUGGCAACUAUAGCCUUGGUGGUUACUAAUAAUGUCAAGUUUGAAUCUCUUAAUGAUUUCGAGUGGAAAUUCCAAGAUAUUAUGGCUUUCAGGUACGUGCUAGCAGCAGCAGCUAUAUCAGCAGCGUAUGGGUUAAUACAGCUUCCAUUUGCAGUGUACUAUGCUGUGAAGCAGAAGAGAUUGAUACGUAAUGGAUGCUUGUCAGAUUUUGACUUCAUUGGCGACAAGGUGAUUAGUCUGGUGCUGGCAUCAGCGGUAGGUGCAGGAAUUGGCGUGUCUUACGAGAUCAAGAAAUCUUUGGAGGAUACAUUUAAGAGUGAAGGGAUUCCAAAGAGUGACCCGAUCAGGUCCACAGCGAACAAGUUUCUUGAUAGAGGGAUUAUUGCUUCGUCUGUUCUAGCUUUGGCCUGCCUUUGCAUGGCUAUCGUCUCACUUAUUUCCUCCAUUCAUCGAAGCCGAAGCAGAGGAGGCCUUUUCAACUGA